UCCAUCAGAAGAUUGUAAGAGGGCACAAACUAAAGUUGGAUUUGAUUGGCUGUCUCUUGUCUGAGGAGGGCCUAUUGUCCAAUCGUGAUGAUUUUUUGUAAAAGUGUAGUGGGAUGAAAGGGUACUUAUUGUGGGGAGUAAAGCCACCUGAGCUGUGUGGUCAAGAGACUCUCCUUCCCAGACGUCUGUCGUUUUUACUCGUGUCUGUUGUUCAGCACAGCCGGACGCAAUGCCCACUGACGCCCAAAGCGAUGCCCGCUCCUUCCUGACUGAGGAGAUGAUUGCAGAGUUCAAAGCUGCCUUCGACAUGUUCGACACCGACGGUGGCGGUGACAUCAGCACCAAGGAGUUGGGUCAGGUGAUGAGGAUGCUGGGCCAGAACCCAUCGAGGGAGGAGUUGGAUGCCAUCAUUGAGGAGGUUGAUGAGGAUGGCAGCGGUACUAUCGACUUCGAGGAGUUCUUGGUCAUGAUGGUGCAACAGUUAAAGGAAGACUCGGCUGGAAGGAGUGAAGAAGAGCUUUCAGAAUGCUUCCGCAUUUUUGACAAGAACGGAGAUGGUUUUAUUGACCGGGAGGAGUUUGGAGAAAUCCUCCACCUCACUGGAGAACCAGUGGUGGAGGAAGACAUCGAUGAGAUGUUCGGUGAAGGAGACAGCAACAAAGAUGGAAGGAUUGAUUUUGAUGAGUUUCUGAAGAUGAUGGAAAACGUCCAGUAAUGAGUCCGGCCCUACAUUCCUUGGUGACCUUUCCUCAGAGAGAAAACAAAGCAUGCCAUGUGAUGGAAAUGUGCUCAGAGCCAACUCUUAAUGCUAUAAACCCUGCGCAAUUAUGAACGUUAAGUUGUUCCUGAGCCGUCAAAAUGGAUACAAGUGAAAUACCUCCACCCCCGCCCUUAUUCUACUUCUCAUAUGAAACCCGGGGGCUCG